GCAGAAAAAUUUGCCAGUCUAGACACAGUCUAUCUGUGCAUCUCAAUGAGCUUCUGUCUAUCAACCCUUUCCCUCCAUACCUCAUCCACUAUUCCCCGACAUCCUCAUCCCUUCCCUCCCAGACAUCCCAUCCUUUCAUCCCUCCGUCUGUCUGUCUGUCUAACUGCCCCUUCUCUUCUUCCACACCCUCUCUAACCCCCCAGUACCUCCCCAGUUACAUAUCCCCGUGGUACCGCCCAGCCCUUCCCAUGCCUGUGAGCUCUGUUCAGCCAUUCUGCAUGAUGGCCCUGACCCGGGGGAACCCUCCCGCCCCAGUGCCAAUGUUCCCUCUAGUCUUUUCCAUGUUGUUCUGUGCACCGAGGCCUGUGCGGAUGGGCACCCGCAGGAGAAACACAAACCGAGCUGUGGGUGCUCUGCUAAGCAGCCGGGUGACUCUGCGGAGCGGCUGCUUAUGGGACACUGUGCCCCCCCAGGGCCUGCAGGACAGAGGCAAAGAGCCCGGCUGUGGGUCCCAGGGGCUGCCAAGAGGCCUGGGAAUAGGACCCAGAGCUCCCAUGGCCAGUCCAAUGUAAAGGCGCCUGGAGCAGAAGCUGAUCUCAGAUCCCGAGGCAGUUGAAGAGGAACUGGCUGAGACCAGAUCGUGCAGUGCGGGAGAGCAUGAACGCCACGAGACCCCCCUGCACAUGUGCAGUCUGACUGACUACGGCUUUGAACAUCUCCAUCCUGCGGCACUGGGGCAAGCCGAGCACCUAAUGUGGAGCACCCAUGGGGACACGCAUCUCGAAGAAUGACAGUUACUGUAGCAAGCUCGCGCCAGUGGUGGCUGCAGAGUCCGGGGAUCCGUGGCCAGCAGGAGCUCCGGCCCUCGCUUUCCCGCUCGCCAUGCAGGGCUCCCUCGCGCUUGGCCUCCUGGCCGUGUUCCUCGCUGCAGUGAAAGGCCAAGAUGUCUGUUCAAGUUGCACUGGGUCCCCCGAGCAGUGUUUAAGCAACAUGCAGAAUUGCUCUGUUAACUUCACCGAGGGGGCCUGUGUCUUCACGCUGGAAAACACCUUCUCAGUGCCGCAGAGAAGCGCGCAGAACAGCCGGCAGUGCCCAGCCUGUGUGGGGGAGACAGCGGAGCAGUGCAGGAGCGACGCCAGGGUCUCCUGCUCGGGCCCUGAAGACCGUUGCUUUGACUUUGCGGGGACGCUCGUGAACUCCACCACCACGCAGGUCUGGAGAGGCUGCGCGACCGAGAGCAUCUGUCAGCUGCAAAUCAACGAGACCUUCUUCUACUCCAACCAGACCUACACGCUGACCAGCACCCGCUGCACCAACAGGGCCCCUCCCACCGUCACUCAGGCCCUGGCGUCCUCCCCGCUGCUGGCCGGGCUGCUCCUGCUGAGACAGCUGCUCUGAUCUGCCCUCGGGCUGCAGGGCCCUGGAGAAACCGCCCCACGGGAAGCUCUCAGGAGUGGGGGGCGCCGUUGGUGCCAGGCACCAUAGGAGGGGGAGAUCUCGCAUAAUUCUCCUGCACGAGUCACGCAGGGCAGCUGACCCAGACGCCUGGAGAUCAGCGAACCCAGUGGGCCGAAUAAAAACGGGGUUGAAACCA